CAAAUUCAUGAGUGACAUUGUUAUGGCCAUCUCAUCCUCAAUUUCCAUGAGGGAUCGAAGUUCUGAAAGUGCCCGUUUUGAGAUUUUGAAUGCAGAAUACAGUGCUGUAAUUUUGGGGGAUGAAAACUCCAGCAUUCAUAUUGAUGCUGUCAUUGAUCCCUUGAGUCCCUCUGGCCAAAAGCUCUCGGCUCUUCUUCGCAUUCUGUCAAAGUACGCUCAGCCAAGCAUGAGACUUGUGCUCAAUCCCGUG